AUGUGUGACAUUUUCGUCAGGCGUCGACUAUCGAAUAGGAAAUCGAAGCCGACUAUGGCUGAUUUAGUUGAUCAACAUCGACUUGGCUUUGUUGCCGCUACGAACUCUUACGGCGUCGUCUCUCCUUCGCCCUCCAUCCGUCUCAAUAAUUACAGUCCUUCAGGCAGCAAUAUUAACAGUCUCACCUCUCACUUUGUCCAUAGUGAUCAGCUUGACUCAGCGGGUAUUCUGGGCUCGGAGAGUACUAGGAAGUCUGAAUUUAAUCUCAUGAAUGAAAAUCCAAGUAGUUUCCCUCCUACUGCAGAGGAGGACGAGGAUAACCUCCCAUUGUCAGAUCUCUGCAAGCGUGUCAACCAUCCUUCCACAGACAACUCUAGUGUUUCUCCACUUCUCUGUGCAUCCUCGAACUGUUCAUUUCCAGUUUCCCGAACGGAUGAACGGCUAGGUGGAAGAUACUGUUCUGUUGAAUGUCUUAUUCGGGCUUGUCACCAGGCCUUUUGCGACGCAUUCCCUAAAUUUACCUUAGAACAGGAUGAACGAUUGGACUAUCGAAUCCCCUUGAAGUCAACCUUACCAAAGACUUUCACAAAUCCUGAAGGUUUGGUCUCCUAG